AGUCGUAAAGCUGCGGAACGCUGAUGGAGAACAAUGGGCUCGUGCAUUAUGAACACAAGAAUGGCUGUAACGGCAAUUUGCUCGAAGAUGGAGAAAACGGAUUGGCGGAGCUGAAGAUAGGAUCUGGUAAGCGAACGGACUUUUUGCCUUGGGAGGAAUACUUCAUGGCCAUUGCUAAAUUAGCCUCAAUGAGGAGUAAAGAUCCUGCAACUCAGGUCGGUUGCGCCAUUGUCAACAAAGAAAAUAAGGUUAUAGGUACAGGUUAUAAUGGAUUUCCGGUGGGCAUUAGUGACGAUGAUUUACCCUGGACAAAAGGAAGCUCAAAUCCGCUGGAGAAUAAACACACUUAUGUUGUGCAUGCUGAAAUGAAUGCAAUCAUAAAUAAAAGUAUGAAUAACAUAGAAGGCUGCACGAUGUACACUACGCUACUUCCAUGCAACGAAUGCGCAAAGAUGAUCAUACAGUCACGACUAGCCGAAGUUGUUUAUCUCCACGAUCGUCCAGGCACAUGGGCCUUUGAGGCAACUCGCAAGAUGUUCAAGCUGGCUGGCAUCAAAUGCAGGCAAUUCAAGACCGAUCUUGAUUCCAUCGUUAUCCGAUUCGACUAAUUUUCUCUGUGA